AUGUAUUCGACACGUUAUUUUGUGCUUGCAUGUUGUGAGAGCAGUAUCGCUUCACUUCCUCGUGACCUUCCAGCAUGCGUCAUGGCCGGCGUGAACUCCCUCUCCAACACCCAACUAGCGCGGCAGCGGCGGCGAAUAGACUACCAGGAGGCCGCUGAUUAUCGUGUUGUUGAGUCUGGUGGGGCCGCCCUCAUCCCGACCACACCAAACACUACCGUAGUAGCUGGGGUCACAGGGAAUGUUUGA